AUGAAAAGAAUAGUUUUAUUAUUUUUAAUAUUAUUAUUUUUAAAUUUUUUGACUAUAAAUUCAAAAUCAAUAAAUGAUGAUGAUGAUAUUGAUAAUAAAUCAUUAAAUGAAUUUAAUAAAUGGUUAAUAAAUAAUAAAGUAUAUAAAAAUCCCAAGAUAGAAAUAAAAGUUUUAGAAAAAUAUGGUAGAUCAAUAGUUGCGAAACAAUCAAUAAAGAAAAAUGAAAAAUUAAUUAGUGUACCAAAAUUAAUUAUAAUGUCAAAUAUGGGUGGAUUUUCACAUCAUUUACCAAAUGAAAUUUAUGAACCAUCAAUUUCAAUUGGUAUAUCACCAACAAAUUUACAAGCUAUAUUUUUAAUGUAUUGUAAAUUAAAUGAUAAAUCAUUUUGGUAUCCAUAUGUAUCAGUAUUACCAAAAGAAUUUACAACAAGUAUUUAUUUUUCAGAGGAGGAAUUAGAUGAAUUACAAUCAUCAAAGUUAAAAGAAUUUACAAUAAUUAGAAAAGAUGGUAUUGAGCGUCAUUAUAAUAGUACAUUCACUAGGUUAUCAAAUCGUGGUAUAGCUGAAUUCUCACCAACAUCAACUCAAACACUUCAACAAAAAGGAUACACAUUGGAAUUGUUUACAUGGGCAUUAAGUUGUGUUUGGUCACGUGCAUUCAGUCUUAGUGAUAGUGAUGGUGGUAUGGUGCCAUUGGCAGACAUGUUCAAUGCUGAAGAGAUAUCAAAAUCAAAAGUACAACCAAAAGUUACCGAUAGUACAUUGGAUUAUUAUGCUUCAGAUGACAUUGAAAUUGGUGAACAAAUUUUCACACCCUAUGGAGUUUAUAAACCAUUAAGUAGUAGUCAAAUGUUAAUGGAUUAUGGUUUUGUUUUCGAUCAUGGUACUCCUUCCGAUAAUGUUGCAAUAAGUGUACCAAUAUUUCAUCCAGAUGAACCAAAUAUUCAAGUGAAACAAUCAAUUUUAGAAGAGAAUGAAGUUGAAAAUGAAGUUUUCUUAUUAACUAAAAAAAUUCCAUUACCAAAUGAUUUACUAUUAUAUGCUCGUGUUAAAAAUUUAAUUACAAAAGAAACAAAAUAUGCUAAAAUUCAUUUUUUAAGUUACCAAACUAAAGAUCAACCUUUAAAUAUUAGAAAUGAAAAAGUUUCUUUAAGAUUUUUAGAAAAUUUAAUUCAUCGUUAUUUAGAUUCUUAUGAAACAACUUUAGAAUUUGAUAAAAUUUUAAUUCAACAACAAAAUAAUUUAUCUUUUAAUUCUUUAAAUUCAAUUAAAAUUAGAAUAUCAGAAAAAGAAAUUUUAUUAUUAACUUUAAAUGAAAUUGAAAAGAAAAGAGAAAAAUUAAAUAAUAUAAAUAAUAAUGAUUCUGAAAAUAUAAAUUAA